CCUGCGUCGAGAUCUGUCCAUCAGUCCACCGAUCGUACGGUGUGCCUUAGCGCGGAGGCGGAAAGCUUUCACAUGUCACGCCACUGACUCUCCGCCAACUUUUUCGCUCCCGCUCCUUUCCUUUCCUUCUCUUCUUUCUUCUCCGUCACUCGCGUCCCCCUUUUUCCUUUGACCUCGCUUUCCCUCUCGCUCCAUCUUCGUCCUCCUCCGUCCGGUCUCGCCUCCUUCCCUUCGCCUUUCCCGCUUCCUCCGCAAUCGUCCCGGGAGAGGAAUAUGCUCUGUGGCCCUCAACCAUCCUCCUCCUGCUGCUGAUCUCUCCUCCCCGCACAAUGGCCACCGCCACCGCCCUCCCCAACGGCCAUGCCACGGCCUCCUCAAUUGCGGCCGAAGAGCGCAGACGGCUGCACCACCAUGGCGACGUCGUGAUCGUGGGCGCGGGCAUUUUGGGAUGUGCUCUCGCCGUCACACUAGGAAGACAAGGACGGAGUGUCAUUCUGCUGGAGGCUUCCAUGAAAGAACCCGAUCGCAUCGUGGGUGAGCUGUUACAACCGGGAGGUGUUCAGGCCCUCGAACAGCUGGGUCUUCAGGACUGCCUGGAGGGCAUUGAUGCCGUUCCGGCGGUGGGUUACUAUGUAUCCUACCUCGGAGAACCGGUGGUCAUCCCCUAUCCCAAACCCUCGCCGUCGGCGCCAGCGCCGGAGGGUCGUUGCUUCCACCAUGGGCGCUUCAUCAUGAAGCUGCGGGAGGCUGCUCUGGCGUGUCCCAAUGUCACGAUCGUGGAGACCAAGGCAACGGAUCUGGUCACAGACCCGCACACCAAGCAGGUUCUAGGUGUGGAGUGUAUGACCAAGGAGGUCCGGGAUUGUUACUUCGGUCACCUCACGGUAGUCGCCGACGGCUACGCCUCGAAAUUUCGGAAACAGUACCACGACCGCAGCCCCAAGGUACGGUCCAGGUUCUGGGGCCUGGAGCUGAUAGAUACCAAACUGCCUGUUCGCCACUACGGGCACGUGCUUCUGAGUGACAACGCGCCGCCAAUUCUCCUCUACCAGAUCGGAACCCACGAGACUCGGAUUCUUGUCGAUAUCCCGGAGAACCUCCCCUCUGCCUCGGUGAAGAACGGUGGUGUCAAAAAUCACCUUCGCAGCGUCACCCUCCCGUCCCUCCCCGAAUCGGUCCAACCCGCUUUCCUUGCCGCCCUGGAAAAGGGCCAACUGAGGUCCAUGCCGAAUUCCUACUUGCCAGCUGCGCAGAACAAGACCCCGGGGUUGGUCAUACUAGGAGAUGCGCUCAACAUGCGCCAUCCGUUGACCGGCGGAGGCAUGACAGUCGCGUUCAGCGAUGUGGUGGUUCUGCGCGAGCUACUCAGUCCCGAGAAGGUCCCCAGCUUUGAAGACACCGACCGAGUCCUGCGGCAGCUGUCGUCUUUUCAUUGGCAAAGGAAGAAGGGUUCUUCGGUCAUCAAUAUCCUGGCCCAGGCCCUCUACUCUCUGUUCGCCGCCGACGAUGAACACCUACGAGCUCUACAACGGGGCUGCUUCCGGUACUUCCAAAUCGGAAGGAUCGAAGGCCCCGUCAGCCUUUUGGGUGGAAUAAUCAAGAAGCCCGUCGUCCUCUUCAACCACUUUUUCACCGUCGCGUUUCUUUCGCUCUGGAUGCUCAUUCAAGAAGCACCCCUGUAUAAACUCCCCAUGGUGAUAUGGCAAUGUGUCAUGGUGUUCUGGACUGCUUGUGUUGUUAUAUUCCCAUACAUGCUGAUUGAAGCGUUUUGUUAAACCUUCCAUUGUUUACGACCUCUUUGGAGGAGAGAUGUCUUAUUAUCUUUUCAUUCUGAACACCCCCUACCCCGUCUACUCCUUUUUAAUUUUCUCAUAUCAUAAUACUUUUUUUUGUAUCUUAUUUUCCCUUGCCCUCACUCUUAUGCUCCAUCUGCAUUCUCCACUACCUCAACGUGUUUGCUUUCUAGAAGAGAAAAUGUUCUCAAAAAGCCAAGUCUUAAACCAGUUCAGUUCCCGGACAUCCCUCUUAUCCUUCGUGAUACCCUGCAGAGGAACCCUUCAUAGAUGAUAGAGAUUUGUUUUAGCAAGAAGUGAACGCUCCUAGCACGUGACAAACUUUGCUCAUUCCGCAACGAU